UGCCAUCUGACGAGGACGCGAUCGAGAACCAGUUACGAGAACCAGCGUCCGUUUGCUCCGUCCAGGUGGCGCCCGCGUCCGUCGACGUAUAGAUGGAGC